AUGAUCACCAUUUGGGGCUCGUGGCUCGCAUUCGAUGCUGGUGCCACUCUGGCCCUGAACUUCCAGUCGGCCAUGGCUCUCUGCGUCACGAACCUGUGUGCCUCGUCCGGAGCGUUGACUUGGGCAUGCCUUACUUACUUCCAGACCCGGAAGUGGUCACUGGACUCAACGUUCAUGGGUGCAAUCUCGGGGCUGGUUAUGAUCACGCCAGCCGCCGGCUUCAUUGACCUGCCCACGGCUUUUUGCUUCGGGAUCUUCGGUGCUCUAAUAUGUCGCCAGGCGCUGAGGAUCAAGUUCACCGACUUCGCUCGUCGCUGGCGGUGGGUAGAUAAUGGCGAUACCUGCGCUACACAUUGUGUAGGAGGGAUCGCGGCCACGAUCUGCACCGGCCUGUUUGCCCAGAAAGAAGUGGCAGCCUAUGGCGGAGUCGAGGUCGCGGGUGGUGUGUUAUUCGAUGGCAACGUCCGACAGCUCUGGGCCCAGAUUGUCGAGGUACUAGUCGGGUUCAUGUGGUCUUUCAUCGGAUCGUUCAUGAUCAUUGCGGUCGUCGAUUGCGUUCCUGGGUUCGAGGUGCUGGCAGUGGACGAUGAAAUCAACUCUGGAUUGGACAUGACGCAGACGGAAGAGACUUUAUGCGAGGGGCCGCACCCUGACGAGGAAGAUUAUUUUCCCACGUCAAAGGGUAUAAUUGAACUUUGA